ACAAAACAAAAAAAACAAAAAAAAAAAAAAAAGACAGAAAAGAAAAAAAAAAAAAAACAGAAAAAAAAAGAAAAAAGGAAAAAAAACAAGCUGUCUUUUAUGAAUUCUGACGGAGGAAACAACACCGGAUUCUCAAGACGGAACCGUCCUAAAUGUGAUUUUUGUCAUAAAAUUGGUCAUACUAAAGACAGGUGUUGGAAAUUACAUGGGAGACCUCCUACCCCAGUCACCGUUGCUCAGAUCCCACCAUCUCCCAUUGUUCUGUCUCCAGAAGAAUAUGCAGCAUAUCAGCAAUUUAAGUUGACUACUAUGCCAUUAUCUACAACGGGGAUGUCUACCGCUUGCGUUUCAAACACAGCAGGCUCAUGGAUAAUUGACUCAGGUGCCUCGGACCAUAUUUCUGGACCGUUGUACGGGGAAAACAAUUGGCGUCGGCCAUGAAUCUCAAGGUCUGUAUCACCUCCAUCCUCUUGAUCCAAUCGCUUGUGUUUCAGUUGAACCUGCUAUUACCUUACAUAAUCGUCUGGGUCAUCCUAGUCUCUCAAAGUUUCAACGUAUGGUUCCAGGUUUCUCCAAUCUUUCAUCUUUAGAAUGUGAGUCAUGUCACCUUGGAAAACAACCUCGUAAAUCCUUUCCAAGGAGAGUCAAUAACCGGGCUACAUCACCGUUUGAUUUAGUUCAUACAGAUGUAUGGGGUCCGUAUCGAGUCACUUCUACUUUAGGUUUCCGUUAUUUUGUUAUUUUUGUGGAUGAUUUUUCCCGUUACACAUGGUUGUUUUUAAUGAAAGAGCGUUUUGAAUUGUUUCAUAUUUUUCAAACUUUUUGUGCUGAAAUUCAAACUCAGUUUGGUCAUUCUAUCAAAAUUUUACGCAGUGACAAUGCUAAAGAAUUUUUUGGGGCAUCCUUUAAUCAAUUCAUGACAUCACGGGGUAUGCUUCACCAAUCUUCUUGUGUUCACACGCCUCAACAAAAUGGGGUUGCUGAACGCAAGAACCGGCACUUGGUUGAUACUGCUCGUACCCUAUUAUUACAUUCCCAUACACCACCUCAGUAUUGGGCAGAUGCUGUACUCACUGCGUGUCAUUUAAUAAAUAGAAUGCCUUCCUCAGUUCUUAAUAAUGAAAUUCCUUAUUCUAUUUUGUUUCCUGCUCGUGAUUUAUUUCCAUUACCACCUCAUGUGUUUGGGUGUGUGUGUUUUGUCCAUGAUACGACACCGGGAUUAGCUAAAAUGGCGGCUAGGUCAAUAAAAUGUAUCUUUCUUGGAUAUUCACGACUCCAAAAGGGGUAUCGUUGUUAUUCUCCAUUACUUAAGAAACAUUUUAUUUCAGCUGAUGUCACUUUCAUUGAGUCGUCCUUUUAUUAUCCAUUAUCUUCAGUUAAUACCCCAUCAUGUUUGGACUUCACCUCAUAUCUUCGGCCCAUCCAUCAGGAGCCUCCCAUUAACCCCCCAUCUGAUGAGCACCCAAACUGCCCUCCUAUGUCAGAUCGUCCAUUACAGGUAUACCAUCGACGUCCUCGACCUCCUCCCAUUGAGCCCAUCAUGGCCACGCCCGUUGAUUCCCCUAUGACGGAUCCUGCAUCACCACCAUCACCUACUCCAGCACUUGACACCACUCAGGAUAAUUUGCCAAUUGCUCUCCGAAAAGGGACCGUGGCCACCUCCAGCCCCUCCCUGUCUCCACCCUGCCCGAUGCCUCUCCCAAUCAUAUAUUUCUGGCUUUGUCACAUUAAAUAGCAACAAUUAUAUAAAAAUAAGAAAUAUUUAUCUCGUGUCACCGAGGACAUUGUUUUAAGAGAAUAAGCAAUUAUAAUGUUAUGUCGCAUUAUAUUAUCAAGGACCUCGUUCAAAAUGUGUCAAUGAUGAUAAAGUUAAUUCUCC